GGGAUUUCGGGAGUGUUGAACUCCCAGAAGAACGUUCGCUUUUUCUUAGUGAACAUCCCCAGUAUGAUCGAAUGAUGAAGAGAUCUCGGGGUUUAAGAGUGAACCCACUGAAGUGGGUUUGGUGCUGUGCCGUGUUCAUUUUGGCUAAAUCGUGUCUCAGUCAUCCUCUGACUGAUACUGCGAGUGACCAGCCAAUCGUCGCGAUUCCGAGUGAUGCAGAACCCGGGUAUCCUGUGAAACAGUAUCACUAUACCGGGCAAAUUUUCCGUCUUUUGCCAUCUGGUUUUGCGGACCACUUCGCCGUCGCCAAGGACGGUUUGCUCAUGACGACGUCCGGUUUGUCCGAUUUGGUGAAGAACGGCUCGUCGUCGGGGUCCCUAACAGUUAUUGAAGAACACCCGGAGUUUUCCAAGAUAGAGGUGACUGAAGCGGUCAUCCUGGAUCCUGAAGCAAUGCUGCGAUUCCGGCGCCCUUUAUUUGAAGGUAGUGUCAACGAGAACUCUGCACCCGGCUCUAUGGUGACCUUUGAUGACGACACUUGCCUGGCUGGAAGACCGAGUCGUCGAGUGAAGCUUACGUUAACGGGGCCGUCAACUUGCCAGAAUGAUUUCGCCCUGCAGUCGAUGUACCCGAGCGACGGAUGCUUUCUGGUUUUGAGCAAACGACGAUUUGAUGCUGAAAGCGACAGGACGCGUUACAAAUGCGGCGUCGAAGCGGCUGACGCGUCGACCGGUGAACGAGUGUUAGCGAAACUGCGGAUCGUCGUUGCAGACCUCAAUGACAACGCGCCAGUGUUUCUUCGGGAAUUCGUCAACAUAUCGUUGCCGUUCCCCGUUUCCAGCCGACAAAUCAUUGGCCGAUUAAAUGCGACUGACCGCGACGGAGAUAAAGUUGUGUAUCAGCAGCGACAACACAGUUCCAACAUCGUGAUUGUUCCUCAGUCUGGGGAGAUCGUCAUCGUCGAUCCGCCGGAAUCCGUUACGGACACAUUCACGGCUAUUGCGGAUGCGAUGGACAAACGACCAAAGCCGCAGCCGAGGCUUAAAGCGGACAAACCUGCUAUUGUGUUUGUGAGCUUUUUCGUUCCUAACGAAAGCGACGAAGGCUCGAACGCUGUCGAGAUUGAGCGCAGCUUCCUUGUCGAUAAAGCCGAAGAAAUUUUUCGGUAUCGAUUUAAGCGACAGAGUAGCGCUCUCCGACCGACGAAAAAGCUGGAAUACAAGGAGACAGAUGGGGCUGUCGAGGGCCAAGUUGUGUUUCAGCUGGACAAGGAGUCGGACCGGGAAAUAUUCAAGAUUCGCGACACGUCCAAUGUUUGGGUCACGGUCGAUCCCGAUGGUAAGGUCCGCGUGAAAAAGAAAUGGGACUACGAAGAGCUCGGACCUGAAAAGGACAUCAACAUUUGGGUCGAAAUCACCAAUCCUAAUUCUCAAUCUGGAGACGUGGAAUAUCAGCGAGUCAUCAUCGAAGUAAAGGAUGUGAACGACGAGCCGCCGUUUUUCAUAAACCAACCGCUGCCGAUGAAGGCGGUUGUGCAGCUGAACGCCGCUCCCAACACCCCUGUUUACACUCUUGUCGCCCGGGAUCCAGACACGGACAGUGACAUCCAUUAUCUGCUCGUCAGAGACCGAACUGGGGGUCGGUUCGAAGUCGACCAGCGCUCGGGGGUUGUGCGCACACGGGGCACUGACCCCUUCCAGCUGGAUAUGGAGUACGUGCUUUUCGUGAAAGCCGAGGAUCACAAUGGGCGUAUAAACGACCGCCAGUACCAAUCCACGACUGAAGAACGUCUGUCCAUCGUGGGUGGGAAGCGUCCGCCGCAAUUCUAUCUCCAAUUUUAUGAAGCCGACAUACCGGAGAACCAGAAGAAGGAUUCAGAUAUAAUUUCGGUUAAAGCCAAAUCAUUUGCCGACCGGGACAUACGCUACACGCUGAAGGCGAAAGGUCAGGGCGCGGGCACCUUCAAUAUCGGGGCCACUUCUGGCAUCGUGAAACUUGCGAAGGAGCUGGAUUUCGAAGACUUGCGACAGCCGCACUUGUAUUCGUUGACCGUUACUGCGACGGAAGACUCGGGAGGCUUUUCUACGUCUGUCGAACUAACGAUCCGCGUGACGGAUGUGAACGACAAUGCGCCGAAAUUUGAACUUCCGGAUUAUCAAGCUCAUGGCAUUGAUGAAGACUUGCCGAUUGGCACAUCAAUUUUGCAAGUUAAAGCUACUGACGGCGACUCUGGCGCUAAUGCUGAGAUUGAGUACUCGGUUUCAAAGGACGAAUUUUCAGUCGACAAUAAGGGUGUUAUUCGCAACAAUAAGCGCUUGGAUGCUGACAACAACAACGCGUAUUAUGAAUUCCAAGUCACUGCGAAAGAUAAAGGUGAACCUCCUAAGACAGGAUCUGCUAUGGUUCGCGUGUACACGAAGAAUAAGAACGACGAGGAACCAAAAUUCUCUCAGCAGGUUUACACUCCGAACGUCGACGAGAAUGCAGGUCCUAAAACCCUGGUGAACACGGUUGUAGCUUCUGACAAGGAUGGCGACAACGUGGAAUUCGGAUUUGUUGGUGGCGAACUGGAAAGCGGACAGUUCGUCAUCGAGAAGAAAACUGGAGUCAUCCGUCUUCACAGUGGUAAGAUCAACCUCGAUCAGGACAAGUACGAGCUGAACGUGACUGCGACGGAUGACGGGUCUUGCUGUGAGAACGGAAGACAAACGUUGCACACCAGCACGGCGGUGGUUGUCGUUUUCAUCACUGACGUCAACGACAACAAGCCCAUCUUCCACGAGUGCGACACUUACAAUCCCAAGAUCCAGGAAAGCUCUUCGAACGGUUCUCCGGUCAUUAAGGUGGAAGCCGUGGAUAAGGACAAAGGCAUGAAUGGUCAGGUGAAGUACUCAAUUGUUCAACAACCGGAUAAAAGCGGUGCGAAGUUCACCGUUGACCCCGACACGGGAACUAUCCAUACGAACAAGGUGUUUGAUCGUGAAGGAGAGGAUGGAAAGUUUGUCUCAGUUACAGUGAAGGCAGUGGAUCAGGGAGAACCCUCCCUAGAAGGCGUGUGUUCUUUCACCGUCGAAAUCACAGACAUCAACGACAACUCCCCAUUGUUCGACCGACAGCGCUACGUAGAGAAUGUGAAGCAAGAUACAAGCAUUGGAACGAACAUCCUGCGAGUGUCUGCGUCCGAUGAAGACGCGGACAAUAACGGAGCCAUCCUAUACACACUGCAUCCCGCCGAGGAAGGCUCCGACGACGAUCAAUACUUCGACAUUCAACCGGAAUCCGGCUGGAUCAGCCUGAAGAAGCCUCUGCACAGCAGCGGGAGAUGUACAGGCUGGAAGCGCGGGCGGAGGACCGCGGGUACCCGCCGUUGUCUCGCCCCGUCGAAAUCUGGGAUUGAAGACAACCCUACCGUGUACUACACUCUGAUCAAAGGGGGUACUGCUCAGACGAACAAAAAUGACGACUUCUAUCUGCAGCAACGCUCAGAUGUUAAAUUUACUUGGGCGGACAUCAAAGUGAAUAAGCCGCUGGAUUAUGAAACCAUCAGGGAGUAUAACCUAACCAUCCGUGUCGAGAACAACGGAGCCCAGCAGCUUGCAUCCGAAGCAACCGUUCACAUCAAGUUGGAGGACGUUAACGAUGAAAUUCCGUUGUUCACGGAGAGAGAGCAGAAGACCGUCAUGGAAGGCGAACCUCCGGGCACCAAGGUUACCACCAUUCGUGCCAUAGAUCGUGAUGGAACAUCGCCGAAUAACCUGGCAAGAAAAUCGAAAUUUGUGUUCAAAAUUCAUUAUGGGAAUCGGCGCGUUGUUACUUAUGCUAUCGUGAACUCUCCGCGAAACGAGGGCAAGGAUUAUUUCGACAUCAAUCCGCAAACUGGAGAAAUAUUCACCAAAAUCGUGUUCGAUCGCGAAAAGAAACAAGCGUAUGCACUAGAAGUUGAGGCGAGGGACGGCGCCCAGUCUGCUCGUCCUGGAAUGCAAAACGGACCAAAUACUGUCACGGAGUACAUUCGGAUCGGGAUUGCCGAUAAGAACGACAACCCGCCAUUUUUCGACAAAGCACGCUACGAAGCCGAGGUUGACGAGAAUGAGGAUUUUCAGCAUACCGUCCUGACUGUCACCGCUCAGGAUAAAGAUGAAUCUUCUAAAAUUCGUUACGAAAUCACCCGGGGUAACGUUGGAGGUGCUUUUGCUGUCAAGAAAGAAACUGGUGCAAUAUACGUUGCGGGUCAGUUGGAUUACGAGACCAGGAAACGCUAUGAAUUGAGGUUGGUAGCAACCGACAAUUCGAAUGAGAACCACACUACAGUGGUGAUCAACAUCAAAGAUGUCAACGACAAUCCACCAGUUUUCAACUGGCCCGUUUACGAGGCCCAAAUUACUGAAGAAUCCAAUCCGGACAUGCCAAAGGAAGUUGUCCAGUACAAUUUGACGCUAGUUGCUUCGGACAGUCUGAACGAACGGUCGACGCAGAUUCUGAUCAGUGUUAAAGAUGUCAACGAUUUACCGCCUGUUUUUGGAGAGAAGAUUUACUACACUUCCAUGAAAGAAGAGCAAAAAACCAGACAGCCCAUUCCGCUACUUCAGGUUCAAGCUACGGAUGGAGACAAAGACCGUCCGGAAGAUAUUGUUUAUUUCUUAACCGGUCAAGGCGUUGAUCCGGAUAAUCCCGAAAACAAUAAGUUCGCCAUAAAUCGAACCACAGGAGCAAUUUACGUUCUUCGGGAGUUGGAUAGAGACUAUCCUAAUGGGCGUCCACAAUGGCGAUUCACGGUAUUUGCUCAAGAUGAAGGCGGUGAAGGUUUAGUCGGUUUCGCAGACGUCCAAAUUAAUCUGAGAGAUAUCAAUGACAACGCUCCGUUUUUCGCCGAUGGCAUUUACUACGGCAACGUGACUGAAAAUGGGACCGAGGAUAUGCCAGUUAUGGCGAUGACAGCGACGGAUUAUGAUGACCCAAAUGAAGGUGGGAAUGCGAAGUUAACGUACUCCAUUGACAAGAAUGUCAUUGAUGACGAGAAAACUGGGAAACCUAUUUUCAAAAUUCACCCGGAAACUGGUCUCAUUACGACAAAUGUCUGUUGUUUGGAUCGAGAGAAAACUCCGGAGUAUUCUAUUCAAGUUGUGGCAGAAGACGGGGCCGGACUAAAAGGAACUGGAACGGCAUCGAUACGAGUGAAAGACGUCAACGACAUGCCGCCUAAAUUCAGCAAAGAUGAAUGGCACACUGAAGUAGACGAAACGGAAGGAACUAUUUUGCCGGACGUACCUAUUCUUACUGUCACUGUUUUGGAUGAAGACGAAACCAACAAAUUCCACUACAAAGUGAUCGGAAAGCAAGGUUAUGGCGCCGACAAGUUCACCAUGGUCAGAAAUUCUGAUGGAACUGGUUCUCUGAAAGUCGUCCAACCCUUAGAUUACGAGGAUUCUCGCCAGCAGAAUGGAUUUAGGUUCAGGAUUCAAGUGAAUGACAGGGGUGAUGAUUCCAACGUAGACAACUACCACGUUGCGUAUUCUUGGGUGAACGUGAAGUUGCGGGAUAUAAACGACAAUAAACCCGUUUUUGAAGACGCAAACAUGGAGCAACUUGUUCCAGAAAACGCAGAGGUCGGCAAAAGUUUGCGGACAUUCAAGGCCACUGAUCCUGACCAAGGAGGCAGGUCGAAAGUCUCAUAUGCCAUCGACAGAUCUUCAGACCGGCGUCGGCAAUUUUCAAUCAACGACGACGGUACUGUUACCAUUCAACGAGCACUUGAUCGUGAAGAAACUCCUCGGCAUCAAGUGAAAAUUCUGGCUAUCGAUGAUGGAGAUCCACCAAAAACUGCGACAGCCACGUUGACAGUCAUUGUGCAAGAUAUUAAUGACAAUGCGCCAAAAUUCCUGAAAAAUUAUCGGCCGGUUAUUCCGGAGAAUUCUUCGCCCAGAAAAGUCGUAGAUAUUCUUGCAACUGAUGACGAUGACCGGUCGAAGUCAAAUGGCCCACCGUUUUUCUUUCGAAUGGACCCAAAUGCUGAUGAUCAAAUCAAAGCGUCCUUCAGAGUUGAUCACGAUCCAAAGGGGGCAAAUGGAGACGGACAAGCCACUGUACAUUGUCAAAAAUCCUUUGAUCGCGAAGAACAAAAAGAAUACUACGUGCCCAUCAUCAUCACCGAUGCCGGAAAUCCCGCUCAAUCGGGAACCUCAACACUUACUGUUAUUAUUGGCGAUGAAAAUGAUAACAAAAUGCUUCCCGGCUCAAAGGAAAUUUUCGUGUAUAAUUACAUGGGCCAGAAUCCAGAAACUGAAAUCGGCAGAGUUUAUGUUUUUGACUUGGAUGAUUGGGAUCUACCGGACAAGCGCUUUUACUGGGCAGAAGAAGAACAUCAGAUGUUUAAACUUGACAAUGCGACGGGAAUGAUCACUAUGAAACAAGGAGCACGACAGGGAACGUACGAUCUUAAAUUCGUUGUUUACGAUCGGCUGCACACGCAAACCAACAUUCAAGCCAACGUGACAGUUCGUGUCAAAGACAUUAGCGAGGAAACCGUGAUGAACUCGGGUUCCAUCCGCAUUCACGGGAUUUCUGAUGAGGAUUUCAUUCCCAUGGAUUCAUCGGCUGUCCUUCUCAACGGCCUUGUGAUGCAAAGCAGACGGAAGAUCGAGGAGGAAGUCGGUAUCAAUAUCACGAUGGUCAACAUUGAUGAAUGCCUGUACGAGAACGUGGCUUGUGAAGGCUCUUGUACGAAUCACCUCGUGGUGAAAACCCAGCCGUACAUGGUGAACGCCAACAAAACAGCAUUGGUUGGAGUGAGAACUGAGGUCGUACCUGAAUGUACUUGCGCCGCGCGGAACUUCUCCAUGCCGAGCUCUUGUCACCCCAACCCGUGCAUGAACGGGGGUCGAUGCAUUGAAGAUGAUUACGGAACAAUUACUUGCCGAUGUCGGGAAGGCUACGAUGGGCCUAGGUGUCAAAUGACGAGCAGAAGUUUCCACGGACAAGGUUAUGCAUGGUUCCCACCGUUGAAAAUGUGCAGCGAGUCGCAUCUCAGUGUCGAGUUUUUGACGGAAAGCCGUGAUGGAUUGAUUUUCUAUAACGGCCCGGUUUCUGCUCCUGAUCCCGAUGAAGUCAUCGUGUCUGACUAUAUCGCUUUGGAACUUGUCGGUGGCCAUCCGAGAUUGCUCAUAGAUUUCGGUUCAGGAACUACGGAGCUUACGAUUGCUACAACUCACGGCCUUGAUGACGGCUAUUGGCAUCGAAUCGACAUUUUCUGGGAUUCCGAGGUGGUGCGGAUGGUGGUGGAUUAUUGCAAAACGCUCCAUGUGGAAGAAUUGGAAAACGGAUCCAAACCUAUGCUCGAUUCGAAAACCUGCGAAAAGAAAGGCACUAUCCCACCGUUCAAUGAAUAUUUGAACCUGAACGCUCCUUUGCAAGUUGGAGGCGUAUAUCACGAUCCAUUGGACCCAGUAAUGUUCGGCUGGAUGUAUGUUCCGCAUGGGAAGCUGUUCAAGGGCUGCAUACGAAACUUCGUGCACAACAGCGAAAUUUUGGAUCUGAAGAAUCCCGGUUUGGUUUUCAAAAGCUAUGCCGGUUGCCCGUUGAUUCAGGACAGAUGCCGUGGAAACGAUCUCGAACCGCGAUGUGGACCAAAUGGCGUUUGUGAUGGAUCAUUGUUUGAGACCAAAUGCAAAUGCAAACCAGGUUGGAAAGGAGCUACGUGCCAAUACCCGACGGUUCCUGCUACCUUCGAACCGCAGUCCUGUGUGAAAUACGCAUUGUCUUUUGAGCCUGAACUAUUCACGACGGAUAUUCAAUUGCGAUUCCGGACCCGAGAAAGAUCUGGGGAGAUGUUCCGUAUCCGCAAUGGUAAAUUGCGUUUCCGAUAUAACCUGAAGUCUAUGGAAACUGAGGAGAAGACGUUGGUACUGACUGGCGUUGAUGUGGAUGAUGGGCAGUGGCAUGUGGCGAAGGUCAAUCGCUAUGGAUCCGCUGCUAUCCUCCAGCUUGACGGAGGUGAAGGGAUCAACUACAACGAGACGUUUGAGUUCACUGGUCAUCAGCUCCUCAGUGUUGCGAAGCAAGAAGGCGUUUUUGCCGGCGGUCGAGCUGAAUAUACUGGAAUGCGAACCUUCGAAGUUUACGCUGAUUAUCAGAAAGGUUGUUUGGAUGAUAUAAGAUUCGAAGGUCAUCAAUUGCCCUUACCCCCUGCGAAAAACGGUACUCACGGUGGGCAAGCAACGUUAUUCCGAAACUUGCGUGAGGGUUGUCCGUCGAAUAAACCUUGUGAAUCCAUCCGCUGCGACGAGCCUUUCGAAUGCUUUGAUCUCUGGAUGGACUACAAGUGCGAGUGCCCGAAAGGAAAGGAGAAAGGGUUAGACGAGCGCACUUGCGUCGAUAAAGACGAGUGCUUGCUCGAUCCGUGUUUAAACGGUGGCACGUGUCGAAAUAUCGAAGACGGAUUCGAGUGCCUUUGUCGGGACGGUUACACUGGCCUGACUUGCGGUUCCCUCGUGGAAGGCCAGGUUUUGCGUCUGUCCACGAGUGCCUUGGCGGCCAUUCUUAGGGUCACACAAAAUACGGGUCGCAUUUGUGAGGAUCUGGACGAAUGUUUGAAUAGUCCUUGCCAAAACGAAGGCACUUGUGAGAACGUAUCUGGGAAACAGCAUUACAUAUGCCAUUGUUUACCCGGUUAUAUGGGCAAGGACUGCGAUCUCGAAAGGGUCACACAAAAUACGGGUCGCAUUUGUGAGGAUCUGGACGAAUGUUUGAAUAGUCCUUGCCAAAACGAAGGCACUUGUGAGAACGUAUCUGGGAAACAGCAUUACAUAUGCCAUUGUUUACCCGUGUUAGUCCUGGUGUUCGUCGUUUACAACCGAAGAAGAGAAGCUGCCAUCAAAUAUCCAGGUCCAGAUGAUGAUGUCAGAGAGAACAUCAUAAACUACGAUGAUGAAGGGGGUGGCGAAGACGACAUGACUGCGUUCGACAUCACGCCAUUACAAAUCCCAGUAGACGGCGCUCCGGGGGUCAAACCCGGAUUGCAAGGGCCCAUAACAACUCCGAGGCCGAUGUAUGCUGGUGGUCCCCAUCCCGACGUGGGAUUAUUCAUCCAUGAUCUUAAAUCAAAAGCUGACAAUGAUCCAAACGCACCACCAUAUGAUGAUCUCCGCAACUACGCUUAUGAAGGUGGCGGCUCAACUGCAGGUUCUUUAUCGUCACUGGCUUCAGGUCUGUUUUCUUUUUCUCUUGCUGGAUCAAUCGCA